AUGGCUUCCAUCACCAUCGACAUCAAGCCAAACGAAGAUAAUUGGGCGGGGUUCUGCAAGGCGUGGGAAGAACACAAGCUCGCAACCGAAAAGAUUAUGGACGCAAAUCGCAAAAGACGAGUUGAAGCAAUGGAAGGAGAUCUUAAAAGUUUGCCAUCAGAUGUAGUAAAGACGAUCAUGGAACUUCACCAGAAAUCCUACCUAGAAGAUACUGAGAUCUUCAGAGCGCAGUCGCAAAAUUUACAGAAACUGAGUAGGCUUCUGUUCGAGACAUCGACGAAGGAUGUUUCUGAUACCAUCAACGAGGUUCUUGCAUCGUGCCUACGCGAAGACUCAAAGCAAUAUGUAUCGCCACACGGUCGUUAUAUUCUCCAGACGCCUCCGUCCUGUUUAGGAUCGCAACAUUAUAUGCAAGCGCCAUGUCCGCCUGCUUUCACCGCAAAUGCUAGCCCUCUCAAGCGGCCCUGCCCCUUUACAGAGAUACGAACGGAGCCAAACAUCCUUCCAGAUACAAAGGUCCUCAGGAUACAAGCACAGCAUAACACGAGCUUCCCACCGGUAUUCAGUCAUCCCUACACCGAAGCAUAUGAGAAGCAAACGACCAAACAACUCGGAGAUUUACUUCAGGAAUUCAACGCGUCCUCACCAAUCCCUCGGAUCCCAGAAAAUACACCAGUACAAACCUACCAAUCCUCGAAUGCAGUACCUCCUCCAGAUUUUUCAGUACCUCCUGCUUUUUCAGCACAUGCUGCACUUUUAACCCCCCCAGCUCCUCCAGCUCCAACAAAGAUCACCGAUCACUCGACCAACGCACAAAUACUCAUACCCCGAAAGACAACAAUGUCCAUGAUCCCAAUCCUAUCACAGAUCACUGAGUUCCCAGCACGAUCCAGAACCCGAGGCCCAGGAAAAUACUAUAUCCUUCUAUGUCCGAUCUGCAACCGCAAUUUUGAUACCGCCCCAGGCUGUUUCAUUCACUUCAAUCAGAGCGAUAUAGAACACGCUAUUGCUUUGGGAAGUGGUGCUAAAAGCCGAACUCAUGCUUCUGCGGUGAAGGUUGCGGGGGUGGAAAUUGUGGAUGCGAGUGCUGCUACCGUGGAAGCGCAUAAUGUGAAGAGAAGAGAAUUAAUCAGAGCAGCUGGGAGGGAAAACGUCCUCGUACAUGGUCAUUUGCUACACGCAUACAAUGCAAACAUAUCCGCCAUGAAGAAAACGCUCUUGCUGUGUUUCAUACACGGCUUUAAAGGAGACGACAACACCUUUGGAGAGUUUCCUGCCAACCUCAAGACGUUGGUUGCCGAGGGGCUUCCAAAAGUCGAUGUUCAGGCGAUUGUGUAUCCCAAGUUCGAGACUCGAGGCGAUCUUGGGGAGUGUGUAAAUAGGUUUAGGGAUUGGCUUCUGGAGAAAGUCAUCGACAUCGAAGUAACCUCGCACACCCCAUCCCCAACCAUCGAUCCCUCCGUACAUGUAAUCUUGAUCGGCCACUCCAUGGGCGGCAUCGUCGCCGCAGACGCAAUCCUAUCCCUCACAGCAGACCAACCCAUCGAUUCCGGCGACAGCUCUUCUACAGUCCUCCCCCCGAACACCUCCACACCACUCAACACCCUCAUGUUCCCCUACAUCCAAGGUGUUCUAGCCUUCGAUACCCCAUACCUUGGUAUCGCGCCCGGCGUGGUAGCACACGGUGCGGAAGAAAAAUACAAUACUGCGAGCUCCGCAUUCGCGCAGUUAAGCGGUUUAAGCGGUGCGCUGUGGGGCGCAAACGCUUCUGCAGAGGCGACGAAGAAGGAGAAACCGAAGGAAGCUCCGAAAGCUCUGCCAGCGCCAGAGAUUCCUGCGUCGCCGUGGGCGAGAUGGGGGAAGAUCGCGCUUGCGGCUGGAGGAGCGGCGGCUGUAGCAGGUGCUGGGGCUGCGGCGUUUGUAAAUCGAGAUAGGAUUAGUGAGGGGUGGGGGUGGGUUGGGUCGCAUUUGGAGUUUGUGGGAUGUUUGAUGAGGGGGGAGGAGUUGAAGAAGAGGGUUGCGGGGAUGGUGACGCUGAAUAAGGAGAUGAAUGUUGGAUGGGCGAAUUUAUAUACGCGGCUGGGGAAGAAGGCGGUCAGUAAGGAGACGGGUAGUUUGGUUGGAGGUGUGGUUGGGAAUCAGAGGACUUUCUGUUCGUUACCUAGGAGUGAGGCGAAGUUGUUUUGGAGAGAAGCCAUCAAUGAUAUGGCCAGUGAUGAACCGGGUGCACAUAUGACAAUGUUCUUUCCUAAAGACAACCCAGGCUAUCAGGACCUUACAAAAGCAGCCCAAGGGCUCAUUGUAGGUUGGGUUCACGGCGAAUGGUACGAUUCAAGUCACGGGGAUCAAAAAGCCAUCAACGUCGAGGAAGAGUCGGAGCUGAGCUGA